AUGCUUGGAUUUUUGAAAGCCCUUGUACACAUCAGCAGGGGCUGCCUUUUCAGGGCGCUCGUAGGGCUCACAGCACUGUCUGUGAAGCGUUUUUGGCAAGGCACCAAUGCCGUGCGCCCACCCUGCGCUGGGGCCGGUGGAUUUGCUGCUGUGCUCCCGCUGCUGCCGGCGGGCAGGGGUGCAGGGACACGUGGGGACAUCGUGCCAGGGCGCUGCGUGAGGUGGAAUCACCGUGUAGGAGAUGGAAAUGGUUCCCUGCAAGGUGAUGACACGGGUGCAACAGGUGCUUGGGUGGUUUCAAGCAUCGGACAAACUUUUGUGUGCCAACAGCUAAACAGAUCGAGUUCUGGGAAAAAUGAGGAGAAGAAAGGGAAUAAGGGAAAUGGGAAAGGUGAAUCUGCAUCUGAAGGUGGAAAGACAGCUGUGGUGUUUUCCUUGAAGAAUGAAGUUGGUGGAUUGGUGAAAGCUCUCAGACUCUUCCAGGAAAAACAUGUGAGUAUGGUUCAUAUUGAAUCACGAAAAUCAAAGAGAAGGAAUUCAGAGGUGGAAAUUUUUGUGGACUGUGACUGCAGUAAGAAAGAAUUUAAUGAACUGAUCCAGUUGCUCAAGUUUCAAACUAAUAUAGUAUCUCUCAAUCCACCGGAAAACAUCUGGACUGAUGAAGAAGAUCUCGAUUGUGUCCCUUGGUUCCCCAGGAAGAUCUCUGAGUUAGACAAAUGCUCUCAGAGAGUUUUGAUGUAUGGAUCUGAGCUGGAUGCUGAUCACCCUGGAUUUAAAGACAAUGUCUAUCGACAGAGAAGAAAGUACUUUGUGGAUGUUGCCAUGAGCUAUAAAUAUGGUCAACCCAUUCCAAGAGUGGAGUACACAGCUGAAGAAGUUAAAACUUGGGGAGUGGUAUUUAGGGAACUCAGUAAACUCUAUCCCACCCAUGCUUGUCGUGAAUAUUUAAAAAACUUUCCUCUGCUGAGCAAGUACUGUGGAUACAGAGAAGAUAAUGUGCCUCAGUUGGAAGAUGUUUCUAUUUUUCUUAAAGAGAGGUCUGGCUUCACAGUGAGACCAGUUGCUGGAUACCUGUCUCCCCGUGACUUUUUAGCUGGCUUAGCCUACCGAGUGUUUCACUGCACGCAGUACAUCCGGCACGGCUCUGACCCCCUCUACACACCGGAACCGGAUACAUGCCAUGAACUCUUGGGACAUGUGCCUCUACUUGCUGAUCCCAAAUUUGCACAGUUUUCACAAGAGAUAGGACUUGCUUCACUGGGAGCAUCUGAUGAAGAUGUUCAGAAAUUAGCCACUUGCUAUUUCUUUACCAUUGAAUUUGGCCUUUGCAAGCAAGAAGGACAACUGCGUGCUUAUGGGGCAGGACUUCUGUCUUCUAUUGGAGAGUUAAAGCAUGCUCUCUCUGACAAGGCCAAUGUGAAAACAUUUGAUCCAAAGACAACUUGUUUGCAAGAAUGCCUUAUCACUACUUUCCAGGAAGUUUACUUUGUUUCAGAGAGUUUUGAAGAGGCCAAAGAAAAGAUGAGGGACUUCGCCAAAUCAAUCAAUCGUCCCUUCUCUGUGUAUUUCAAUCCAUAUACGCAAAGCAUUGAGAUUCUGAAGGAUACCAGGAGUAUAGAAAAUGUUGUCCAGGACCUCCGCAGUGAUCUAAACACUGUAUGUGAUGCUUUAAGCAAAAUGAACAGAUAUUUAGGGAUUUGAUAUGUUUGGCACUGUGAUUUGCUGUCAGUUGCUCUUUCUGUAGCCAGUUACAUGAGAUGGCUAAUUUAUCAGAGCCACCAGUUUUCCCUUUACAGCUUGGCCUGUGGCUUGCAUUAUUGUGUAGCUCUGUCUAACUGUAAUGUGCAGACAAACCAAGGCAAUGCUAAUUUGUAAAUGAAACAUGGAAUGUGGCAGAAUGUAAUCAUCAAUUCUUCAGCACAAUGUCAUGUA